UGGUGGCUGGUGGUAGCCGCAGUGGCCGCACGACCGUCGACUCCGGCGCAACGCUGUGCCCGCUGGUAACAGCAUUCCGCGUAAAUUUUAUGUUUACAUCGGAAACGUAACAUUUUCCUAAUAAGAGCUCGUUUAGGAGGAAGUGUUUUCCGCGUGCAUUGAACUCUUUGACAAAAUUAUUAAGAGGCCGGCAAUAUGCGUGAGAAGAUUUAAAGGCCGUCGUCAUAGCAAUUAAACGGACAAUUCGGAUAUGUUCAAUUAGAAAUCUGUGUCGAUAUGUACUACACAAUGCAGACAAUGAUGCUAGUGACAGUCUUAGUGUUAGUGAGUGCUGUGGGUGCUACAGCGAACAAUACAGUGGUAUUGACUGCUUCGCGAAUGGCCUGGAUGAAAAACCUCUUUGAUCAUCACGACUGGCUCGAGUAUGUGCAAGGCGACAACAGCACUGUGUCCGCCGAGUGUGCUGCUGACAUGAGGACGUAUGUCGAGGCUCUGAACGAAGGGCAACUCUGGGCCUCCAAGAUUUACGACGCGUCCGGUCAAUAUAGUCCAAACAUUUUGUUCGGUAACGAUUACUGGAUGGGUUCGAUAAACGCCUGCAAGGAUCUUCAACUGAAGCAGUAUUACGACCAAGUGCCGCCCUUUCCCACCACAUUCUACGUAGCUAGAAUGAACCUGACUGUGGAUGGUGAUCACAUACCAAUUACAAGGUCAAUGCUGGUGGGACAAUGCAUGCCGCUAUCGUGCAACAGCAGUGCGACGUAUGCCAUCUUGCUUGCGGCGGAGAGGGCGGCGGCGGGCCGUGCGCAGGCGGCCGGCAUAGCGGCUAGCGCGCACACGCUCUACGUUCGAGCCGUGCCUGGCCCGUAUAAUGUUUAUAUGGACUUUAAGACGCAUAUUUUGGGGGCUGUCACACUUGCGGUGGCAUUAUGGAUGCUGAUAGCUUCCCUGUAUGAAGGCCGCCUCGAACGCCGCUACCGAUCCACGCAACGACAAGAUCUAGAGCAAGCUAACAAUAAUCAAAAGCCGGCAAAAACAACAGAGUGCAAUGACUCAAUUGAAGAGGAAAAUAAAGACCGCGACCUAAAACGCGAAAGAUGUGGUGUAUGGGCAGAAGUAUUACUUUCAUUUUCAAUAUUAUCGAACGGUCGGGCUAUCUUGAGUACACGUCGACCAAAUGAUGGAGCACUCACCUGUCUGCAUGGCAUGAGAUUUUUGUCAGUACUGUGGGUAAUCAUGGUACACACUUACCUUACAAUAUUUUACAUAUCUGACAAUAAGCAGAUGAGAGUAGUAACGGAAAGGAACUUUUUGUAUCAAUCAGUCGGCAAUGCUUCGUAUUGUGUGGAUACAUUCUUCUUUAUAAGUGGCUUAUUAGUAACAGUUCUCUUUUUGAGGAGCGAAGAUAAGAAAACUAAAAGGAAAAAUGAUAAAAUGGCACAGGCAGUCGAUAAGGACCUCAACAAGAACAUCAACGGCUACACAAACUCCGCGCUAUCAGUAUCCGCCAUAAGCCAGCAAUCCUUCUACGAGGAUAUUCUCGAUAAGCCGAAAUCAAACGCGUAUACUAAGAAAGAAGUUUCUAGAAUAAUAAGAUCUUUCCUAGUCCUACUUUCAUAUCGCUUGGUUAGAUUGACUCCGGCGUACGCUUUUGUUAUCGGGAUAAACGAGCUCGCGUUGCGAUACACGUACAACAACACCGUUUUCGAACCGGCCAUCUUUGACCACAUCACGUGUGACCACUAUUGGUGGAGAAACGUUCUUUACAUAAACAAUUUGUUUCCACAAAAAGACAUGUGCAUGGUCUGGUCUUGGUAUAUGGCGAACGACACGCAGUUUUACGUCGUUGGCAUUAUACUAUUAUUAAUAUCAGUUAAGCAUGUGAAAUUCGCAACGAUUUCGCUAAUUUUAUUGUUGGUGAGCUCAUGGGUGACCACAAUCUACAUAUCAGUGUGGUACGCGUACAAAGCCCGAAUACAGGAACCUUUUGAGAUGUUUGACCCGCUUUAUGACAAGCCGUGGUCAAGAAUCGGUCCCUACUUAGUUGGUAUGAUGGUGGGUUGGUAUUUACAUAGGACGAAAUGUCAAGUGAAGAUACCGUAUUGGCUGGUUGCCAUCGGCUGGCCGGUGUCGCUGCUAAUCAUCGGCUCUCUCAUAUUCGGCAUGGUUGACGGAUACUUUGAAGUUUGGCCCACCGCUUUUUACGUCAGUAUUGGACACACAGGGUGGGGAGUAGCGCUCGCCUGGGUGUCAAUAGCGUGCUGCUGCGGGUACGGGGGCCUGGCCAACUCGCUGCUCUCCUACAACGGCUUCCUGCCGCUGAGCCGACUCACCUACUGCGCGUACCUGGUGCACCCGACCAUCAUGAUGUACACGACCUUUCUCCUAGAUGGACCUUUGCACUUGCAAAACUCUAUUGUGAUAACAUUAUACGCUGGAUAUGCAGUUCUUGCGUUUUUAGCUUCGUUCGCCAUCUCGCUCGCCUUCGAAGCACCAGCUGUGAGGCUUAUCAAGAUAGCUGGCGGAGAAGAUAAGGGCAAAAAAGCUCGCUGAUUACACGAAUCGUACCUUGGGGAUGGAGUUGAUGUUACGCCUCGAAUUUAUCUCACGUUGCACUUAUUUGUAGCGUUAACAAGUUUAACAUUGAGAAAUGUUUCAAGUGUGCCUCCAUACAAGAGCUUUAUUUAAUUUAAGGCAGUACUUAAUAAUUUAAACUAUCCGCGUCGAAUCGUUCUCUACAUUUUGCUUUGUGAUUUUAAAUCGACCUCACUCGAAUCAUAAUCGAUAGGCCGUAAGCAAACUCAUUGUGAAAUAUCAUUAUUAGGUAGUAUAAUUUACUGUCAAUGGAAGGUUGGAACGGUAAUAUAUUCAAAUUCAAAAGCGCCUUCAGCUCACUCUUGAAUUUGAAUUACAGCAUUCCGAUAGUAAAUUGCUUGAUAAGAUGUCGGAUACGAUAUCGCAAAGUUACCAUUUAAAUAAUUGAUAGUAAGUUGUUUACACGAUUUUAUUAUUAUAUUUACAAGUCUUCGUGUCAUAAUAACUUUCCAAAGGGUUAAUGUAUAGGUAAUAUGUAGAUUGUAGGUAUGUACAUAGAAAGUUUACCGAUCAAUCAUGUGCCAAUAUCAUGACCUGUUUUCAAUCUUUUACUUUAUCCAUACUGUGUUAAUGGAGAAGUUUGUUUUAUGUCAGUAUAGUAUAAUAAUUGACUAUAAAAUCAAGAUUAUAUAAAUGUUACCAUUAGGAUAAGUAGCUAUUGUACAUACAAGUGAUAUAUAUAUUUCUGUGUGUCGACUUUAACAAUGCCGCAUGAUCAAUGUCCCUGAUAGCGUAGGUACAGUCACUACAAAGCAAAGUUUUGUUUGAAUAAGCUAACCUACCGCUAACGAACUUUAAAUGAUUAAGUAACUGGAGUACGGUUCGAAACAAAAACGGAGUUUCAGUUUAAUUUCAGUUCUUGUAAUGAGCUUUGAUGACGGGGUGGUUUUUAUUAUUAAAAACGACUUGAAAUGUAACCAAAUCCUUCAGGUUAAUAAAAUA